UGUGCACAGAGAAGGAAGUUUAUCUCCUCGAGUCGUUCUUCCUUUUCAUUUCUACAUUUGGACUCAGUCUCCUCAGCUGUUAGUCUGGUACCGCUGUUAAGUGACAGAAACUAGCUGCCAGUCCCUCUUCAACACCAGCAGCCUGGAGGAGAGGAGAGAUAUUAGAAAUAUCGGCUUAGCUUGAAGAAGUAACAGGGCCUUCAGCAGAGAGAGCCUCACUCUAAUGGCCAAGAUCAAGAUUUCAAGGUGAAGAGCAGAGCGUUUCUAGCGUGUUUUCUAAACUCUGAGUGUGCUGAUUAACGGAGGAUGGCAAAGGAGUAACACAUUUACUGUGACUGUUCCAGGCAGGGCUGGACGGGAGGAAGAGCGAGGGAGACGACAUCACCUCUGCAGACCCAGAUAUGAGAUCGGAGCUCAGAAUCAUCCUCGUUGGCAAAACCGGCGCUGGGAAAAGUGCCACGGGAAACACCAUCCUCGAGGAAGGAAAGUUUGUGUCCCAACUUAGGGCAACACCAGUGACCGUGACUUGUGAAAAGGGGCGAAGGAGCUGGAAGGGGAGGGAGCUCGUGGUGAUUGACACCCCUGCCAUCUUUGACCGAAAGGCACGUGAUACAGUGACAUGUAGUGAGAUCAGUCGCUGUGUCGAGCUCUCUGCCCCAGGCCCCCACGCUCUGGUGCUGGUGACCCAGCUGGGCCGUUACACUGAAGAAGACAAGGAAGCCAUGAAGCGAGUCCGGGAGAUCUUUGGAGAUGGAGCCAUGAGGCACACGGUCGUCCUGUUCACCCGGAAAGAAGAUUUAGGGGCUGGCUGCUCCCUGCAGGACUAUGUGAGACACUCAGAUAACAAAGAUCUUAAGGGGCUGAUUCAGGCGUGUGGGAACCGCUACUGCGCUUUCAACAACAAAGCAACCGGGACAGAGCAGACAGAGCAGGUUUCGGAGCUGGUAGAAAUGAUCCAGAGAAUGGUGCAGGAGAACGGGGGCAGGUAUUAUGCCAGUAAGAGCUAUGCAGCUGAGCAAAGGAAGCGAUUUCCUAGGGGAAUAAAUAAAUCUCGUGCAUUGAGGGUUGCAAAAGCAGAUUCUGUGAACCAUAAGGAAAUGAUUUGGUGUUUGGGGGUUAUUGCGGUUUGUAUUGCUGUGCCUGUCCUACUCCUGAUGUUUUUCCCCUAUUAAGAGCAAUACAUAAAGUUUUUUUGCAACCCAACCUGACGUUUUUCCAAACCUUCUGUCUCAGUUUCUCCAGCAUCCUCAUCCUUAUGCUAGGGCAGCCCAUUGGUACAAAAUCCCAGUUACAAUGUCAAUGUUUCUUCUUUCUUCCCAUCCUGUGUGUUAAUGAUGCCAAAUUCUUACACAGACUUUCCAUCAGUAGCUCACCAAGCAAGACGGCAACAUUGUCA